UUUAUUACUUUUUUUGUUUUUUUUUUAAUCUUAUUCUUAAAUCAUCAUUUUUCCUCUGAACACGAUGAUGGCUUCUUCUUCCCCUAAUUUCCCAGAAAAUUAAGUUUUCUUCACUUUACUUGUCGAAUCCUACUUUAUCUGAUCCAGAUUUCGUCUCCAGAUCAUGUAAAAAAAAAGUUGUUGAAGAUGUUAUGUGAAGAAAUAUUGAAGAAUGUGUUCCCAUUGCUAGAAGGCGAAGAUCUCGCGGCUUGUAUGGGUGUAAGCAAACAAUGGAGAGAUAUAGCGAGUGACGAUUUUUACUGGAAAUGUCAAUGUGCAAAGAGAUGGCCUUCAGUUUGUAAACGGCAUAAGCCUCCUGCUGAGACAUACUACAAGAUGUAUCAGAUGUUUAGUAAGCGGCGGGUGAACCGUGCUCUCCCUCCUCCGCGUCUCUCUUUCGAGAACUUGGAGUUCUUUAUCGAUAUGUGGUCGGAAGAUAAACUUGUUUUCUCAGGGUUAAUACCUGGCGUGGCUUUGGACAGCGGGAUGAAAACGUUACCAUUAGGGAUCAGCAAUGUUCUUAGAACUCACCUAGAGAGACCUGAUUACAAGAUGGUUGUUCCCGCUGAGCCAAGAUUCACUAUUCCGUUAAACCAGUCGGUUAGUGUCUCUUUGCUUGUGGCAAGGAAUGAUUCGAGUAAGGUUGCUCGGAUCAUCAACCGAUCUGUUUUUGAUUAUAUAGACCGUUCAUCGUACCGAGCGCUUGCCUUUGAGUAUUUAGACUUAUCUCCUUAUUACCCUUUUAUAUCCGGUAUACGAGCAUGGAUCUCUUUGCUUUUCAUGGAUGUCGAGGAUAUGAAUGAUGGCUUACUCGACGUUUUCGGGAUUCAGUUGGAUUUCAAUGAUGUUGCUGACACUAAAGAUGAGGUUUUGUGGCUUCUUGACAUGCUUGAUUGGAAGUGAAUACAAAGCUUAACACUCUCAGGUCUGUUACACACAAACAUCGUUUACGCCAAGUACUAUUCUUUCUACUGCAUAUGUUAAUUUUUCUUUUAUAGUAGUUUGAAAUUUUUUUUUGUUACUCUUUUAAUUAUUUAGUUUUGGUUUUUUCAUUUGCUGCAAUUCAAAUAACUCAAAGUGUUCUUACUUACGGAACAAUGGAAAUAGAAAACUGAAUAAUUUCAUACUACAAAGCGAAAUACCAUGUCAAAAA